AUGGACCAGACGCCGAAGCAGAUUAAGAAGCCGGGGGGUAGCCAUGACUACAAGGGCUUCGUGGCGGGAGUCUUCAGCGGCAUCGCAAAACUCACCGUUGGCCACCCCUUCGAUACCGUCAAGGUCCGCCUGCAGACUACUGACGCAUCGCGCUUCAGCGGCCCUCUGCAAUGCCUCACGCAGACGGUCCGCAAUGAGGGCUUCGUCGGCCUCUACAAGGGCGCAACGCCGCCGCUCGUCGGCUGGAUGUUCAUGGACUCGGUCAUGCUGGGCUCGCUCAACGUCUACCGCCGCUUGCUCUCGGAGAAUGUCUUCCACGUCCAGCCCACGGCCGCUCCGGCUCCCGGCGUGAGGACGUCCCUGCCGUCGUACGGCCACGGCAUCGCGGGCAUCAUGGCCGGCUGCACCGUCAGCUUCAUCGCGGCGCCCGUCGAGCACGUCAAGGCGCGGCUGCAGAUCCAGUACGCCGCGCAGAAGGCCGACCGGCUGUACGCAGGCCCCAUCGACGCCCUGCGCAAGAUCUACACGCACCACGGCAUCCGCGGCAUCUACCACGGCCUGUCGGCGACGCUGCUCUUCCGCGGCUUCUUCUUCUGCUGGUGGGGUAGCUACGACGUCCUAUCGCGCUACUUCCGCAAGAACACCAACCUCAGCGCCCCGGCCGUCAACUUCUGGGCCGGCGGGCUGAGUGCCCAGGUGUUCUGGCUGACCAGCUACCCGAGCGAUGUCGUCAAGCAGCGCAUCAUGACGGAUCCCCUGGGUGGGGGACUGCGUGACGGCGUGAGGAAAUUCCCCCGCUGGAAAGAUGCCGCCGUGGCCGUGUAUCGGGAGAGUGGAUGGAAGGGAUACUGGAGGGGGUUCGUGCCAUGCUUCUUGAGGGCGUUCCCCGCGAACGCCAUGGCUCUGGUGGCCUUCGAGGGCGUGAUGCGGUCAUUACCAUGA